CGCAGAUCCUCCACUCAGUCCUAGAAUCUGUAUAAAAGUGCUCACCACUCAGACCUCUUCUAAACACUUCUCCAGACUUCAUCUCCUCAGUGAACCGGGUUUACCUCCACCCCAGAAAGAUGACUUUCUCCAGCCUGUGCUAUCCAGAAUGCGGGGUGGCCCGACCCAGUCCAGUCACUGGCAGCUUCAACGAGCCAUGCGUUAGGCAGUGCCCUGACUCCGAAGUGGUGAUCAGACCCUCACCAGUUGUCGUGACCCUCCCCGGACCAAUUCUCAGCAAUUUCCCUCAAGAGAGCGAAGUGGCAGCUGUAGGAGCACCUGUGGUCGGAGCCGGUUUCGGAGGCUCAUUCGGUUUGGGGGGAUUGUACGGCUAUGGAGGCCAUUACGGCGGGGUGGAUGGUUUGGGGGGGUUCAGUNNCGGAGGGUUGUAUGGUUUGGGGAGAUUAGGUGGGUACGGCGGCCGUUACGGUUAUGGGGGAUUAUUGGGCAAUGGGGGACACUGCGGUUACCCGGGCCUUUACGGUUACGGGGGAUUAUGGGGAUACGGAGGAUAUGGCCGUAGGUAUCUUGGUGGAUAUUGUGGGCCAUGUUAAACCCAGCAGGAACACCCAUGGAAGAAGGAAAAACCAGGAAAUGACCGGCAAGAUACAGAUUCCCACCCCUGAUCAUUUGGGCCUGGCUUUCAGAAGUGCUGGGCAAACAGAGCUCCAUUGAACUCAGUGGCAGCUGUGUGUGCGCAGCACCUUGGUCUGAUAGCCAUGCUGCAUUUCUAACGUUACGCUUUAUGACUCUCUGCUAAUGCUUUCCCAGCCAUGUGCUGAUUCUCUUUUUCUCUUGUGGACUCAUUCUGAAUUACACGCAAACUGUUUACACUG